CGCAAUGCACGAACGGUCCCCGAGCCAAACACUCCCACACACAUGGCCGACGUGUGAAAUGAAUUCGCGCGCGCAAAACUGCGCUAACCGGCCGUUUUGUGCGCCACUCCGUACCUGAUAGUGUCGUGUGCACGUGGUGCGUUUUUGUGUUGUUUCUUCUUCGUGGGUGGGUGUUACUUUUCCCUUUGCAGUGGACCAAGUCCGGUUGGGUUGGCUCUAGUCGUCGACCGGUGGUCACAGACCAGUUGCAGUCAGAUCUCCGUGUGAAGUGGUUAAAAUUUCAGCACAAGUUCAACUGACCCCAGUAAUAAACCAAAGGGUGGUGAAAAUUGUGGAAGUGUUUUUAUUUUUCAUCAAUAUUUACACACCCGUAGUCACUUAGGCGCGUUGUGUUUGGUUCGCACUUUUCGAGACAACAUCUGUGCCCACCUUUAAUCCAGUGCAAAAAUGGCCGCCAUCUGUUUCGGUUGCAAGGAAGAAAUUAAGGAUAAGAUGCUGGAAGCGCUGGACAAAAGCUGGCAUCCGGAGCAUUUCGCGUGCAAGGAGUGCAAGAAGCGCAUCGCCGAAAAUAAAUUCCACGAAAGCGAAGGGCUACCGGUGUGCUCCAAGUGUUUCGAUUCUAAGGUACAGGCGAUCUGUGCCGCCUGCCGCAAACUGGUGACCGAGAAAGUGGUGAAGGCGAUGGGCAAAACGUGGCAUCUGGAGCACUUCAUCUGUGGUGGACCCUGCAAGCAACAGCUCUCGGGCAAGACGUUCUUCGAGCGCAACGGCAAACCGUACUGUACCGCCGACUACGAGCGUCUGUACGCACCGAAGUGUGGCGGCUGCAAGAAACCAAUCGCCGAGAAAGCCCUGUCCGCGCUGGAAAGCAAAUGGCAUAAGGAAUGUUUCAAGUGCAAGCUCUGCAAGGAACCGAUCGGUGUGGAUGCCAAAUUCCGGGCCGACAAGGAAAAGCAACCGAUCUGUGAGAAGUGUGGUGUGUAAAACUGCACACGUCUCGCCCAGUAUGUUUUUUGUUGCCCUCCAGCACAGAAAAGCAGGUUGACCCGGUUUGUCUUGCCUAUGGUUUUCGAUGUUAAAUAUAUCGCGUGCUGUUGAGCGAUUACUUAUCCCGUAACCGGUGCCAACCGGUAUCACGCGCAUAAAGGUUACUGUUUUUGAGUAUUUGGGAAGAUGCGGCCAGCCCGCCAAAGCCUAGUCAACAUCGUUAAGUAUUAUAAUGUGUGGUUGGUGUGUGUGUGUGUGUUUUGUUGUUCGUUCAUGUACAUAUUAAAAGUGUCCAUCAUAUCACAUGAUUCACCGUUUAAAAUUCAAACACCCAUCAAACAGAGCACCUAAUCUUUCGGUGCAACGCCUUUAUACUCCAAUCCCCUUUAUAUCUUACACAUACGAUACGCACGCGUUGCUAUUAAAUAAAUAGAUAAUUUAUUGUUGCAUCUUGCAGAC